CCGCCUUCUCUUUCCCGGUCGAUUCACACCGCUCGCAGGGAGGUGAAAUUUCUGUUAUUUAUUUAUUUAUUUAUUUUUGUUUUUUUGCUUAACCGUCGCACAUAUUUUUCAGUCUUUCGUUUCUCUUGAAUCCCACAAAGAAAUUUAAGCGACCAAGAAACAAUGAAGACUGCGGUGGCCUACAGCUUAAGAUCCAGAACAAUAUACCAAUCUAAAAGCAGGCCUUCCCAAACAAAAAGGCCUGGUGUAUCUGGUCUGACUAGGAAAGACGCAGGGCCUAAGAGGCAACCUGUCAAGCACCCUGGAGGUCUUGGUCCGCCGCCCCUUGUGCCGACUCAAAAGCAACUAGAAGCUAUCAAGGCGAUGACCCGGAGGAUUGCUGAGCUUGGACUUGAAUACUACAAUACCAACAAUGCUCUCUAUGCUGGGGAUGGUGCUACCUAUGAGCUAGUGGAAACAAGGGAAUGCACCUCAUUCAUGAAUCGCACGACACUAAUUCUGAAGGCCCAUUCCAACUUUACUGCCAAGCCCGUGCACUCAAAUGGACCCAUCAUGCUCUUCUUUACUGAACUCUCAUGUGCAGAUCUAUCAAAGAAACCUUUUGUAGCGACUAACACUACUGUUCACAGCUGCUACAUGCUUGGCCGUGAUGGUGAAGUUAAUACAGGUUCUAAUGGUUGCAUUUCGUGUGACCGGCCAAGUCUUCAUCACCCUCUUAAUAAUGACUUUGAUGUUGGCGAUCAUCGGAUUCAUUACCUCUAAUAAACCCAUCGUUAAUUAGUGUAUGGUGGCUGCUGCUAUUACUCAAUAGGCGCUUUUGGCCUUAACUAUGACAUUCUCAGUUAUCAUCAUGUAUUUGUACAAUUGUACUUCUUAUCUUUUUAUUGCUACUUGGUUAUACAUUUCCAAUGAAUGACAACUCUGAAAUGGAGAAU